AGCUUAAUCGCGCUAUGAGAUGGACCAAGCGAAUGAGAUAGGAAGCGGGCCGGCAGACGACGAACAGGAUAGCUUCAACGACAUGAUCCCAAAAGUACAAUAGUGGAACACUCUCGCCCUGCGCCAAUUUCACUCGGCCAUGUAACAUUGGUUGAGGUUCGUUCCUCUCUCACAAAAUCACCCCGCAGUGAAGACAACUUGGACCUUUUUAAACUGGUCUGAAUUUUGCCUUUUUUUUCAUUUUUCUGCUUUCGUUACGCCCAAUUCCCUCUCUCGUUCUGUCGCUCCGCUUCUCCCCGUCCUCGCCUCAUUCCUCUCCCUCUCAACCACCGAGCAUCCAAAUUCAUGAUGCACCACGAACCGGACGCAAAGAUGUUCGACCCGGCGACGCAGAAGAAGACGGUCGACUCCGGGGCCCCGGCCUCUGACAUCGAAGACACCUCCGUCAGCUCGGCAAAAGACAUUCUGGAAAACGAGGGCGAGGACCCCGUGCUCGCAAUGAAAAUGCACCUCGUCAAUGACGCAAACGAUGAAAUUGGCUGGACAAACUUCCACUGGAAGCUCUUCGUCCUCAACGGCUUCGGGUACGCCGUCGACUCGCUCAUCGCCCUGGUCCAGUCCGUCACAAACGCGGGCGCAAUGCUCGAACUCGGCAAGCCGUCCACCUACUCGAACGCGGGCACCGUUUCGCUUUACGUGGGCCUGCUCAUCGGAGCGAUUUUUUGGGGCUUCGGCGCGGAUAUCAUUGGGCGAAGGAUCGCGUUCAACGUCACGCUGCUCAUCACGUCCCUCGCGACAAUCGUCUCGGGUGCGAGUCCGAAUAUCGAAUCGUGGGGCUUCUUCACUGCGCUAUCGGCGUUUGGAGCUGGCGGUAACUUGGUGCUCGAUCCGACGGUCUUUCUCGAGUUCCUCCCGAGUAAUAAGCAGUGGACGGUAACGGCGCUCGCCUUGUGGUGGGGUUUCGGACAGGCGCUGGUGGGCUUCAUUGCAUGGGGAUUCUUGACCCAGGAGCGAUGGAACUGCACUGAGGGCAUGGAUUGCAACUGGUCUAAUAAUCCUGGCUGGCGCUACGUCUCCUUCACCUCGGGAGCCUUCGUCUUUGUCGCGUCCGUUGCGCGAGUGACUGUCAUGCGCCUGCAGGAGACGCCAAAGUACCUUCUCAGCGUCGGCCGCGAUGAAGAUCUGGUGCGCAACUACCAAAAGAUGGCGCAAAAGUACAACCGACCCUGUUCGCUCACGCUGGAGAAAUUGACGGCGUGCGGGCAGAUCAAGAACGCUGGCCAGAGCAGAAACAACUUCAAGUUUGUGCUUCGCGAGUUAGGCGCACACGUCAAGGGUCUCUUUUACACCAAGAGAAUGACGCUUAGCACUGUUUUGGUUUGGCUGUCUUGGACGCUGAUCGGUCUGGCGUAUCCCUUGUUUUAUGUCUUCCUGCCAUCAUAUCUUGCCUCGAGGGUGCCGGAUAGCACCGAGACGCCAUUCGAGACGUGGCGAAACUACACGUUGACCAAUAUAUCUGGCAUUCCUGGCCCGAUCAUCGCUGGUUACCUGGCUAAUCUUCCUCACAUCGGCCGCAAGUACACCAUGGCCAUUGGCGCUUUGCUCUCCAUGGCGUUCUUCUUUGGUUACACAGCGGUGUCGACUGCUGACCAGAACAUCGGCCUCAGUUGCGCGAUUGCAUGUGCAAUCAACAUUUACUACGGUACACUGUACGCAUAUACCGUCGAGGUUUUCCCAUCAGCUCACCGCGCCACGGGCAACGGUAUCGCGGUCGCCUUUAACCGUCUUAUGGGCAUUGUGUCUGCUUUCGUUGCGAGCAGUGGAAACACGGCAACAUCGGUUCCUUUGUAUGUCUGCGCGGCACUGUUUGGAGUCAUGGCCGGCGUGUCUGCUCUGUUCCCCUUUGAGCCGUAUGGAAAGAGAAGUUCCUAGACUUGCUAGAAGUUUUCUACUUUACGCUUGGUUGGUAGUGUCGCAUCGGAAAGGAAGUAGCCUCCAGAUAUUUGGAUUACCUCGGCCUGACUUGUCCACUGGAUACGGCACUGUAGCAGCGAAACUAGCUGGAGAGAGGAAGGCAAGAAGACUCCAAUCUUCCCAUCUCGUUUGCUUCUGCAACAGAACUCAGUGUCGAGAAGUUGAUGGACUCUAGAUUUGGUCUCGAUGAAUUCCUUGGUUUCAGAAGUCUUUAUUGCGGUUCUGAAGAGCAUCUUAGACGUCAUAGACUGAGAGGCAUGCUUCAUUUUCGGAGAGGAACAUGAUUUCGCGGCUGGACGUGUUGUCAACAGCCGAGAUGUUAGAAAGUUUGAUUGCUCCAUUACAAAAUACGAUACCCCCGUUCAACUCCAGUUUUACCCGAUUCCUACUUUGCCUAGCUAGUUAGUACUGGUUGAUAACGAC